GAUGCAUACCAUAUAGUCCGUUAUAGGGGUACGACGAAUGUGCUUGAAUGGAACGACACCAUCUUGCCCUUUCUAAAAAGGGCAAUAUUGGAUCCCAUUAGGCACAUUAAUGGAAUAAAGAUCAACCGCCAACUCAUCACGACAUUGGUAGAUAGAUGGCGAAAGGAGACACAUUGCUUCAAUUUUCGUGAAGGCGAGUGCACCAUCACACUUAAGGACAUCGCCAUCCUAACCGAUUUUUCCAUCGAUGGCGUUGUUAUUUGUGUGGACUCUACUCCACCAGCUAAAGUUGUUGCCAAUAUGAGUGGUUGGCAGCAUUUCAUAUGGACCAUCACAGGGUUGUGUCCGCCAGAAAAGGGAGAUCACAUUGCGGAUGGUAAUCCACCAUUGUCCAAGGGCCAAGUAUCCAUCACUUGGUUGACAGCGGAGAUUAGGCGUAAGCACAAACCUGAGGUCGGAGGCAUUCCCCUCACGGAGGAAAGUUCGGAGCGUCAUAAAGAAAUUUAUGCACGUAUCUACAUCCUCGACAUGAUCAGAGGAGUUUUCUUCCCAAAAAAAUCCAACAAUUUAAUCAGCAAUUCAUGGUUAAAGAUCAUAUUUGGAGAUUGGGAAGAUAUGGGGAACCUGAGCUGGGCAUCUGCUUGCCUAUCUCAUCUCUACCGCUCCCACUAUAAUGCUAGUUCCAGAGCGGUGAAGGAGAUUGAUGGGGUCAUGUUCAUCGUCCAAUUUUGGGCUUGGGAGCAUCUGCCAUGGAUUGCGCCGAAGGAUGACCCCGACAAGGAAUGGGGACCUGACCAUCCCCUACGACAUGGAGCUUAUGGUUGUAGGUGGCUUGGUGAAACAACAUGCAACAACCUAGUCGCGCAUAAGCUGGAGGAGUAUCGUAGGAGGCUGGAUCACCUUUGGGAAGCAGAGCUUAAGUUCGAUCCGUAUCCUGAACGCAUCGUCGCGCAUCACGUCCACAAGUUCACGUUGCAUCCCGGUCAAUGGUGCACUCGAGUGCCACUAAUCUGCCUCCAUAUAGUGGAGUGGCACUUGCCGGAUCGAUGCCUAUGACAAUUUGUAUGUGAGCAAUGCCUACCAUUGGAAGUCCCGACGAGUCAAAGGGGGUACCACAGGAAAGAUCAUCGACAAGGAUCUACUAAUUGGCCCAAGGAGUUUGAAAAAUUGAUCAAUCUGUGGAAUAAUAGGCAAGAUCAAGAGAUUUUGACGACAUCAGCUGUGGGACGGAUGGGGUACCAUGACCCAUACAUGGAAACAUACCGAAGACAAUCCGUAUGUUACAUGAUGCCCGAAGGUACGGCGGGCGGAGCUUUGGUUGAUGGCAUCGAACGUAUACACGAUAUCGCUCUUACUGCAUAUUCUUUGGCGACGGGGCGAGAGGUGGGGCUCAUCCGGAUGAUAGAAAAUAGUCUCCUUGGCUGUAUGAGAGCGUGCG